AUGUAAAAGUGAUAGUCAAAUGCUGGUUGUGAACAAAAAGUAAAUGACUUGCGGUAAAACAUAAAGCAGAUCGUCUAACAAGAAACAGUGAAAACAUAGCAGAGAAAAAACCAGUCUUGCUCUUAACUGAUUUUUCUGUUGAUAUCAGAUACGGAGUAUUUCUUACUAUACACGAUCAUCUUUUCACUGUGAAACUGAAGACCAUGCAAUUUUUUAGCAUUGCUUUUACUGCAACCGAUUUUUCCCGGACUUCGCCAUUUUAACUCCCUGUGUUUGGCGGGGAAAGAACAAGAAUUUUCAGGCAUAAAAGAUUUGCCAUUUACCGGCGGCCAUUAUAACCCAACUCAGGGAGCAUUCGAUUUCAGCCAUGGCGGCGGUGGCUGUAAUGGCCAGCCCGUGGGACACGGUGUUGGAGCUCACUAAAUUGGCUCAGGACAGGGAGGUCGACCCCUUGGUGUACACCCUGCAGAUAUCCUCCACCCUCAACGCCGCCGGCGUCCCCAUUCCCUCCACCGGCUUCGCCACCAUUCUCGUAUCCCACAUUUGCUGGUCCAAUAACGUUCCUAUUGCUUGGAAGUAUCUCGAGAAAUCCAUGACUAUCCGGGCUGUCCCUCCCCUCUUCGCUCUGGCUCUUCUCUCUACCAGGUCUUCUUCUUCUCCGGCUUCUCUUCUUCUUACCUUCUGUUAGCUCUUUAUAUUCCUGGCCUUGGUCUGAGUUUAGCUUCUGGUGUCUUUUACUACAGAGUAAUCCCUUACAGAAAGAUCUACCCAGUGGCCUAUAGACUGUACCUGGAACUUAUGAAAAGAUAUAUCUUCUCAUUGAAGUCUCAGAUUAAUGGUCCUCAUUAUCAACAGAUUAUGGAGUCCAUCAACGAGACGCUUAAUCUUUCUCAGACUUUUGGGCUCCCAGAUUGUGAAACUCGGUUGAUUAUUGUGCAAUUCGUUUUUAAAAUUGUGUGGGAGUUGGUUGAUGCAUCACUUGAUGAUGAGGAUUUGCUGGAACUCUCAGAAGAAAAGGAAUCUAUGUGGCCAGUAAGAACACAAGAUAUGGAGAUAGACAAUCCUGUUGCUUUUGAUAGGAAAAGGGAAGAACACAAUGAGUUAUUGUCUACACACAACACUAUAACGGCUAUUGAAAUACUUGGUGAUUUUUUUCAGAACAAAGUGACUUCCAAGAUACUUUUCUUGGUGCGAAGGAACAUGCCUUCUUACUGGGAGCCCUUUAUCCAGCACUUGCGGUUGCUUGCUUCAAACUCAACAGCAUUAAGGAAUUCAAAAAGUGUUUCUCCAGAGGCUCUUUUGCAGCUAACAUCCAAUACAGAUGUCUUUCUGUCAAGGGAUGGUAAAAGAAGCACACUGCACCGAAUGAAUGUGGUAGUUGGCCAUUGGCUUGUAUCUUCAUCCACCCAAAGUCCAUCUGCUUACUGGUUGCCCAUUGAUCUCUUCCUUGAAGAUUCCUUAGAGGGACAAGUGUCAGCUACAAGCACUGCUGAAACACUCACUGCUCUUGUGAAGGCUCUUCAGGCAGUUAACUGCACCACUUGGCACGACACUUUUCUUGGGCUAUGGGUUGCGGCACUGCGGCUGGUUCAGAGGGAAAGACAAUCAACUGAUAAAAUAGCCCCUCGUCUUGAUAUGUGCUUAUGCAUGCUGUUGUCUAUUACAACACUUGCAAUUGUUAAUAUUAUUGAGGAGGAAGAAAGGGAACUUGUCUGUGCCAAUCAAGGAAAGGAAUCUUUAGGAAAGCGUCACCAAGGCUUAGUUUCAAGUCUAAAACAAUUGGAUGAUUAUGAAGCUUUGUUAACUCCACCACUACACGUAGCUAAGGUGGCAAAUCAAGCCGCUGCAAAAGCUAUUAUGUUGCUUUCAGGUCUGACUGUUUCCAGUGGGUGCUUUGAUGGCAUGAGCUUGAAUGACAUGCCUUCAAAUCACGCUGGAAACUUGCGACACCUAGUUGUUGAGGCUUGUAUUGCCAGAAACGUUCUGGAUACAUCUGCUUAUUUCUGGCCUGGCUAUGUAAAAGAUCUACGCAACCAAAUACCUUGUGGCAUUUCGGGCCAAAUACCUGGCUGGUCUUCAUUGUUGAAAGGAUCUCCUUUGACGGCUCCAAUGAUGAGUGUGCUGGUUUCUACAGCUGCCUCAAGUUUAGCAGAAUUGGAGAAAAUAUAUGAGUUUGCAGUAAGUGGUUCGGACGAUGAGAAGAUUUAUGCCGCAACAGUUCUAUGUGGAGCAUCUCUUACCCGUGGUUGGAAUGUACAGGAGUACGUUGCUAUGCUCAUCAUAAAACUGCUUUCACCACCAGUUCCAGAAGGCUAUACUGGAAGUGAAAGCCAUUUGAUAGGCUACGCUCCAUUUCUGAAUAUCCUUCUUGUUGGAAUAUCAUUUCUUGAUGGUACGCAGAUUUUUUCGUUGCAUGGAUUGGUUCCACAACUUGCUGGUGCAUUGAUGCCAAUCUGUGAGGUCUUUGGUUCUUGCACACCCACUAUUUGUUGGACUCUUACUAGAGAAGAAAUAUCUUCGCAUUCUGUGUUUUCAAAUGCAUUCACUCUUCUGCUAAGGUUGUGGGAAUUUAAUGAACCGCCAUUUGUACGUGUUUAUGGGGAACAAUGCCCAGCGAGGUCCCGUGUGACUCCUGCAUAUUUAUUAUUGCUGCGCAACCGUCAGUUGGCUGCAACCGAAAGUUUGUCAAACAAUCAUGUCAAGUGCAAGCAGUUUUCCAGACUUUUUGAACCGUGGUCUAGAGAACCCAUAAUUAUGGACUCAUUUCCAAAGUUAACAUGUUGGUACAGGCAAAAUCUGGCAUGUAUUUGUUCGACCCUUUCUGGUCUUAUUCAUGGAACUCCUGUUCAUCAACUAGUGGAAGCACUGCUUGAUCUCACUUUUAGAAAUCUAAGCAGGGGUGGACAGCCUCUUACACCCAGUACUUCUGGAAGCAGUAACUUGUCUGUGUCCGGUGGUGAAGAUUUAUCUUCCCUUCUGAUGUCGCCCGCAUGGGAUAUAUUAGAGGCGGUUCCUUUUGUGCUUGAUGCUGCCAUAACAGCCUGUGGCCAUGGAAGGCUUUCACCACGUGAACUAACUACAGGGAUUAAGGACCUUGCCGAUUUCCUUCCUGCUUCUUUGGCGACAGUAGUAACUUACUUGACAGCUGAAGUAACAAGGGGGCUAUGGAAACCUGCCUCCAUGAAUGGAACUGAUUGGCCAAGUCCUGCUGCUAAUCUUGCCUCUGUUGAACUACAUGCUAAGAAAACAUUAGCUGCUAUUGGUGUUCACGUACCCAAUCUUGUUGUAGGUGGAAGCUCCGUAUCUACUCUACCACUACCUAUGGCAGUACUUCUAAGUCUCACCAUCACUUACAAACUCGGUAGAGAGACCGACCGGUUUCUCACCUUUGUGGCCUUAACUUUGCGUAAGCUGGCCCCCCUAUGUCCAUGGCCAUGCAUGCCCAUCAUAGUCUCCCUCUGGACCCAGAAACUAAAACAGUGGAAUGACGCUUUUACCAUCUUUGCAUGUUGUACUAUAUUCCACCACAAUAGUGAUGCCCUUGUCCAACUCCUAAGAGCCUGCUUCAAAGCCACCCUCGGCCUAAACAACUCCAUCACGGCAAGCAGCGGUGGUGUCGGCACGCUUCUCGGUCACGAACCCGCCUCUUAUACUGCUAGCACUAUAGGUCAUAUUGCCCCCGGAAUAAUGUACACGCGUGUCCAUAGAUCCGUCGGGGACACCUUGUUUAUGACGGAGGAGAUUAUGUCCCUUGUGAUGAGUUCGGUUGAAGACAUUGCAAACAAUGGAUUACCGGCUGAGGACCUUGAGAAGCUCAAGAAAAUGAAAUAUGGGUUGAGAUAUGGUCAGGUCUCACAUGCGGCAUCUAUGACCCGGCUCAAGGUAGCGGCUUCACUAGGGGCGUCUUUGAUUUGGAUAACCGGCGGUUUGAGUUUAGUUCAAUCUCUGGUUAAUGAAACCUUGCCCUCGUGGUUUAUAUCCAUACAAAAACCGAAACCCCAAACCGGAGUCGAAAUGUUGAGGGGAUAUGCACUUGCGUACUUCACGGUGCUUUGCUUAGCAUUUGCGAUGGGGGUGGAGCCGGUGAUUGUUCUUGGUUCUAGGCGAUCCAAGGUUCUUGCAAAGCACAUGGACUUUCUUGGAAGCGUAUUGGAUAGGAAGAUAUCCCUGGGGUGUAAUGAAGCCUUGUGGAGAUCGUAUCUAUCCGGGUUUGUUAGUAUGAUCGUGGUUUCCACACCAAACUGGGUGAGGGAGGUUGAUGUUGGGGUGGUGAAGAAGCUGAGCAAGGGGUUGAAGCAGUGGCAUGAGGAGGAGUUGGCUGUGGCUCUUCUUGGAGUUAGCGGGGUGGAAGGGAUGGGCGAGGCUGCUGAAAUGAUUAUAGACAAUGGCGUUUGAAGUUUUCUUAGUUGAAGGAAGGAUUCAAGUUAUACAUAGGCUAGUUACAACCAUAUCUUGGCGCUGAUCAUAGGCAUCUGAUAUUUUGCAUUUGACUUGAGUUGUUUUAGGGGUUUUGUUCUACUACCAAGGAUUAUUAUGGCCAUGUUUUGGCGCUGAUUAUAUGCAUUUGACAUUUUGCAUUUGUCUUGAGUUGUUAGGGGUUUUGUACUACGACCGAGGGUUAUUACCACCGUGUUUUGGCGCUGAUUAUAUGUAGACUCAUUAGAUUUUAGUGGUGUCUAUGCAUUUGAUUGUCAUCGUUCGAUGCACAAGAUGUAGCCUUGAUGGGAGAAGGCAGAGAGAGGCAAGUCCUUUAUUGUUGGUUGUGGAUUAGCCAUGAAUUGAGGAAGCAGAUUGCAAGCACCUUUGGCCUUUGGGACUAAAAAGACAAAACAUAAGGAUCUAAGCUCCUGAAUGGAUUAGCAAGGGCCAUUUCAGCAUGGAAUGUUGAUUUACUAGUUAACUUGAGACAAAAUGGAAGUUUGCAUGUUUAAUCUGCACUCAAGUGGUUUGUUUGUGGAUCCUCUUACAGAAAUUGGUUUUCUUAGCUUUUUAAUACUAGUGUUAAUUAAUUUCUAAAAGAAAAGUAGCUAAUAUAUUUAUGUAGGAGUAAAUGAGCUUAUAUUUACCCAAAUAGGAUUAAAAGAAGGGUUCAUCUAUGGUGCAUCUUAAAAUUUCAAGGUCCUGCAAAUGAAGCUUUCAAAUAACUGAAAUUAUCCUCAAAUCUCACUUUCAGUUACACAUCAUUCUUCUUUACUUAAAUGUUCUGGGUUUUUUUGCUUCCAAACGGUUGUUAAAACUUAAAAACGACAUCAACAUGAUAGUACUCAUGGACUCGGGUCGCCCGUUCCGGACCGGUACUGUUUGGGCCCGGCCCGGUACCCGGUCAUAGGACCGGGCGGACCACCCGAACCGGGAGUUAAACGGGGCGAGCUCGGGCCUCCUAAAAGUGGAACUGGCCUAGCC